AUGAAGCAGUUCACGCUUCUUCCACUCGCUACUGCGGCCACCACAGUCGCCUCUCCUAACUCCGUCAAAACCCGCCCCUCUCGCAAGCACAAACACUCCAAAGAAAAUGACCCUCCCUCCGAUCCCAAUCUCGUCGUUCCUUCCCCCACUAAGUUCAAGAGUCCCUUGCCUCCGAGAACCCCCGCUUCCAACCCUCUCAAGCGAAAGCUCGCCAUGGCUGCCGAAGCCCUAACCGACAAUUCCCUCCCCGCAUCCUCCGAUUCCGGCGUCAAGGUUAUUGUGAGGAUGAGGCCUUUCUCGCUUAUGGGGUUUUCUUCUUCUUCUCCUUCAUAA